AUGCUUACCCCAACAGUAUCAUCCCCAGAAGUAGAGUCACGGCUCACCUUUGGUGUCGAAUUAGAAUUUCUCAUAGCUACUGUACCCAAGGGUGAUGAAAACCCUCAUCCAAGCGAUCCUCGCGAAGUAGAUGCAAGAAUUCUCGCAAAUUUCGAUUCCAUAAAUUAUGAUAUUGAGAGAACAUUAGAGGAAGUCGGAAUUCCAGCAACGGUGAAGGAGUCUGAGUACGGAAAUCCGCGAGAAGUGGAAGCAGCCGGUGCUACCGACUGGAUAUUAAAAACCGACAUCACCGUCGGCCCAGUUGCGCAAAAUUCAAAUACCAGAAAGUAUUUCGAAUAUGGCAUGGAAAUGUCGUCUCCACCCUAUUACUACGAUGAAGCCGCUCGAAGGGCUGUAGAAACAGUUGUGAGAGAAAUGAGAAACAGUUACUUAGUUCGUGCUAACGAAACUACAGGGUUGCAUGUUCAUGUCGGUAUCGGAUACCGUGGUUUUGACUGGCCCAUCUUGCGCAAUUUCUUGGCCAUUGCAUGGACCUACGAACGUCAGAUUUUAUUGAUGAUGCCUGAGACUCGGAUAAAUAACUCACAUUGUAAGUCCCUCAGAGAAGCCAAACUAGGUAUAAACAAUCCAAGGCUCACACGUCUCGAGUUUCUAAAUCGUAUCUUGUCAUUCACUGAUUAUAAGCAACUAGAUAAUCACAUGGGAAACAGAAGUUCAGGCUUCAAUAUAAGUAAUUUGGCCCCCCCUUUCCUUUCUAGUUUUGGCAAACGCACCAUCGAGUUUCGUCAACAUCCUGGAACUCUCGAUUCGGAGAGCAUUUUAAAUUGGGUUCACAUAUGUGUGAAGUUGGUUCAAAAGGCAUGUCUUAUCAAGAACGAAGAAGAGCUUCUUGAGCAACUCCGAACCGACGUCGAAAAGCCAGUCGGGUUUGGGGACAAGAAUAGUGUUACCACGGUCGACUAUCUCAUGUGGCUUGGCUGCCCAUCCCAAGCAUACUAUUAUGGUAAGGAACUGGUAUCCAAUAAAGCCCAAGUCGAUAAAAGGAUAAAAGAUGCAGCAGGAAAAGCAGCCAAGCGUCCACCUACACAUAUCGCAGGAGUUCCGCCUACUUAA